CAGACAGCAGCAGCAACAGCAGCUGCUGCCUCAUCACAGGCCGUGGGAGGUGAGGAGCGUCUGUUUGUGUGCUCAGGCUCGUCUCCUCUUCGGCAGCAGCGAGGUGGAUCCGUGUCUGUACGUGACCAACCGAGAGAGAUGACUCAGGCAGAGCAGGUGCCUGAGGACAUGCCUGCAUACCUCAAUGAUGAGCCAGUAGCUACAGACAACAACAAGGACCAACCACAGACACAGCCGGGCAUGUUCGGCAGGUUGGCUGGGGGCUUGUAUGGUGCCACUAAGGGAGCUUUAGGGGCAACGGUGGGCGGUGUGACCUGGAUUGGAGGAAAGAGUCUGGACCUCACCAAGACCACUGUCUGCACGAUAGCCGCUGUGCCUGCCAUGGGAGUGGGACUGGUUAAAGGAGGAGUGUGUGCUGUGGCUGGAGGAGUGACUUCUGUCGGUUCUGCAGUGGUCAGCAAAGUUCCCAUAGGAGGAUGCAAAAAGAAGGACAAGUCUGACUGAUGGGGAGACAUGGAGGAGCAUGAACGCACUCAGACAAGUUGUGUGGGCUCACACUGUUUUUGCCUGUUUUAGGAUUCAUGAGCAAGUAAAGACCAAAAGAGGACUCGAAAGUUCAGUGUACACAUUUUGGUGAGGGGGGCUGUGCUUUGUUUUAUUCCCUUAGUUUUUUUGGUGUGUGUUUGUAAACCCACGUUCAUACAAUUGAGUGGCAUGGAAAUGCGAAGCAAGAACUUACAAAGACUCUGACUGUUGUUAAAGGAAAACACACCAAACUAUCAUCAACUAUGCCUAAAAUUUCCUCAAAAGCCCAAGCUUCAUUUUUAAAAUAAGUCACAACAGUUUUUCUCGUCACUUCAGUUUACUUUUGUACAGGAGGAGCAGCUGAGAGUAUAAAUGCACUUAAAUUUUACAUACAUGACAAUCAAUGAUCAAUCAUGAUCUAAAACCAACAUGAGGUGUUUCUUGAGGAAUGGAGGUAUUUUACUGUCAACUGACACACCUGAUUUAAUCCCCUUUUUUUCCUACAAAUAAACAAGCGGGUCUGAUAAAAGCUGGGAUUUUAAAAGUACAGUCUAGUUUCAUAUCUACUGAAAAUCACUUGAAUGUUUCACUAGGGGAUUUUUGUGACUGUUCCCAGUUUUCUACUUAAAUUAUAUUGCCUUAUGGCAGUUACAUUGUCAGUGAGUGGAAGGAAACUUGGAGUUUUGAUACAGAAUCCAAUUUAUUACAAUAAAAAUUAGAAUAUUUUGAUUUUAGUGACCAUUAUUUGCAGUGUAAGCAUUAAUUGAUUAAUUGUGAUUGUACUUGUUGAAGUUUAUUUCUUUGAAUCACAUUUAACAUACUUCUUGUCUUUUGACUAUUCGUUUUGAUAGUAACUUUGACAUGAUGGUUAAUGUCGCUCUCAGUUUAAAUUAUGUAAGUAUGUGUCCUUUUUCUUUGGCAAUAAAGUCUGAAUUUCAAACAUCCAGUACAUUUUAAGCUGACAAACCUUUAAAAGAUCUUUUUAAAAUUUAUUGCAAAAUGAUAUUCAAUACUAUUCUAUUUUGUUUUAUAAGUGUAGCGGAAUGUUAGAAAGUUUGAGAAACAAUGAAAAUGUAUCAAAACAUGAUAAUAUUGUAAUCAGAACUUGUCUCAAUAAAACAUAUGCUGGA